AUGCUUACUGAAGACGACUUCUCUAGAUAUCGUUCGAUAGUGGUCCCACACUCAGGAGUUAUCUAUACAACGCUUAGCAACAACCGAAUGAUCUGUGGCCCACCCCCACCAUCUGGUUCAGCUGUGGCGCAAGCCAUUUUGAAUAUCAUGGACGGGUAUAAAAACGAUAUGAAAUCAUUCGAGGACAUAGCUCAGUUCUAUCAUCGCUUCAUUGAAUCUUCGAAAUUUGCGUAUGCGGCUCGAACAUGGCUUGGCGACCCUGCGUUUGUCGACAAUGCGACCGAAAUCGCUGACAACAUAACCUCAAAAAAGUGGGCUGAAUGGGUGAGAUCGAAGAUCACUGAAGAGACCCAUCCUGAUGAGUACUAUGGAGGAUCGCUCGAGGCUCCUGCAGCGGACCAUGGUACUACGCACAUUUCCGUGAUUGAUAUUCACGGAAACGCCGUCUCCGUCACGUCCACUAUCAACUUGUACCUUGGAGCAGCGGUAACGUCUCCAUCGACAGGAAUUCUUUGGAACGACGAAAUGGACGACUUCUCAACACCUCAUCAUCCCAACACGUUCGGAAUUCCACCGUCACCAGCUAAUUUCAUUCGACCCGGGAAGCGACCAAUGAGCAGUCAAAGUCCUCUGAUAAUCUUCGACAAAACGCCUGGGAAAAGUGCGAAGCGCGUUUUGGUGGUAGGAGGAGCAGGCGGAUCGACCAUAAUCAGUGGGGUGGCCGGUGUGGCACUACAUAAUCUCUAUCUGAAGGCCAAUGUGAAACAGGCAGUUGAUGCGCCUCGACUUCACAAUCAGCUGUAUCCAAACUCCACCUCAUAUGAACCGAACUUCCCUCAGGCCUAUCUGACGGAAUUGGAAUCUCGCGGUCAUAUACUGAAGAAAGUUCGAAAUCUCACCGUGGUCACAGCUGCUGAAAGAGCUGCCGACGGCCAGCUGUACGCAAAUAGCGAUUUCCGCAAGGGUGAAGAAAGCUCACCAGCCGGAUACUGA